AUGGUAGCUGUUGAUCACCUUCCGCCGGAAUCAGUCUUUACCAAGGAUCGAAGCAUUCUGUUCAUUUCAGGCCAGCUUGGCAAAGAAAUCGAGUCCAUCGAACCACAAGCUCUAGACACGUCGACGCCCACUGGAGCCUUCUCAUCGAAUGAGAACAGACUUAAUCUGGACCAGGGUGGCACAUGGUUUAUAACCAAGUCGCAUGAGACAGACGAUUCUAGGUUCGGUGAAAGCACUACAGCACUUGAGAAUGGCGAUACUGCCCCCAAUUCUUCAUCGAAAGACAAAGAGAUUUCGGAAAACCAGUUUCUGCAACAACAAAAACAACAACAACAACACCACCAACAGUGGCUCCAUCAAAACAUGAAGUAUAUGAUUGAAAAAUUACUCCAAGAGCGGCAGGACUUCCAAAACCAAACAUAUGAUCGUCACCGAGGACAGUCAAACGACAAUGGAGAAAACGGUCCGCCAAGCAAUCAAGCGUCCAAAGAUUCAAGCAAAAGAAAGCAAAAUCAUGAAACAUAUGACCUGGAAGCUACAUCUGGUCCGUCCAAAAUAGCGAAACGCCGGAGAAGGACAGUAGAAGAUCAUACUGAGCCGCCUUUGGCAUGUCCCUUCUCUAAAAAGGAUCUGCGUGUCUAUCGUGAGUGUACAAGGUUUGGGUUUAAGCGGGUACGCGACGUGAAACAACAUCUCAAACGCAACCACAGCCCACAUGUAGAAGAGGCCAAGAGGAUUCGACUUCAGAGGCCAUCGUCUCGUGGUACUAGGGAACAGCAAUGGUAUGAAGUGUUUGACAUUUUAUUUCCCGGCCAUUUAUCACGACCAUGUUCGCCAUACAACAACUUUGAGAUCUGCGAACAACCACUAGCCGUCGCUGCUGCGCUUGACGAAGCCCUUAAUAUCCCUUACCAUUAUCUCAUGACAGAUGGCGCUGGAGUUCUGUUACAGGAAAUACAACAAGACCCCACCUUUUCACGCGAGGGAGGUCCUGGUAUCAAUGAUAUGCGGCGUGCACUUGGCCGCCUUUUUGGCCAAUAUCUCAACCAACAACUUGCGCGACCCCUCGGAGCCUCAAACAGAAGCAAUGGAACUCCAGAAGAGAGCCUCAGCAGUAACCCCGACACUAUCCAGGAAGGUCUCGGCUCGGGAAGUGAGCGCACAGACACAUUGGUUCCAGAGAGCCCCAACCACACUCUUGGCAACCAAACUGAGAUGCUACACCUUUCAGACCAUCGAAACAGCUUCAUUGGCACCGAUCAAGCCACUAGAAACUUUACUCAAUAUGACACUGGCAUCUUGGUCCCUGUGAACCAGGCUUUGGAAGUAGCGGGAGAGGACAUGGACACAGUGGCGGCAACUAAUCACGAGGAACCGCCGCCACGCGAGUUCGAGGAGCUUUGGGGGACAUAUACAGACUUUGUUUUCGAAGAUAACCCUAGUUACUCUUGA